AUGUUGUUUUCAAGUUCCCAUGUCCCGGGACAUCUCCGGUGACGUCAUCGCGGGGGCGGGGCCUCCGCAGCGCCGCACAGUGAGAGCUGAGCAGUGAAAGUUUGGAGAGAAGAAGAAGAAGAAGCAGCAGCAGCUGACUGCAGGAGCUCAGCCUCAGGAGGGACAAGGAAAUCCCAACCAAAAUGCUGCCCCCCCAGUGUCUUCUGUUGGUGCUAUUGGAGCUGACUCUCGCUCAGUACGAACACCUCGGCUACCCACCGGGCUACCCCGACCCAGAGCAGGAGCAGUACAGCGCCCCCCAGCUGACACCGGACACGCCCAGGAUUCAGCUCCGGUUGUCGGGCGAUAAGAGGAAACACAACGAGGGCCGCGUGGAAGUUUACUACAACAGCGAAUGGGGCACCGUCUGCGACGACGACUUCACUAUCCACGCCGCUCAGGUGGUGUGCAGGGAGCUGGGGUACCUGGAGGCCAUCUCAUGGUCCCCGUCCUCGAAGUACGGGAAAGGAGAAGGACCCAUCUGGUUCGACAAUCUGCACUGCACUGGCAAAGAAAAGACGCUGGCGCUGUGUCCUUCCAACGGGAUCGGUGUUUCAGACUGCAAACACAGUGAAGACGCGGGCGUGGUGUGCAGCGACAAGAGAAUCCCCGGCUUUAAAUUCAUCAACACUCUGCCCAACCAUGUCGAGAACCUCGAUAUUCAAGUGGAGGACGUGCGCAUACGAGCCAUCCUGUCCUCGUACCGUAAGCGGAUCCCUGUGACGGAGGGCUACGUGGAGGUGAAGGACGGCGGUAAAUGGAAGCAGAUCUGUAACACGGAGUGGACCCAGCUCAACGCCAGAAUCAUCUGCGGGAUGUUCGGCUUCCCCGGGGAGAGGAAGUACAACGCCAGAGUCUACAAGAUGUUUGCUCGCCGGAGAAAGCCCACAUACUGGGACUACGCUGUGAACUGCACUGGAAACGAAGCCCAUUUGUCCAGCUGUAAACUGGGCCAGUCCACACCACUGAAGUCCAACGAGACCUGCGAUGGAGGGCUGCCUGUGGUGGUGAGCUGCGUGCCCGGCAGAGACUUUGCCCCGACGCCCAUGACGGGAUUCAGGAAGGCCUUCAGACAAGAGCAACCGUUGGUUCGUCUUCGUGGGGGGGCCAUCGUAGGCGAGGGCCGGGUGGAGGUGUUGAAAAAUGGAGAGUGGGGCACCAUCUGCGAUGAUAACUGGAACCUGCUGUCGGCCACCGUGGUGUGUCGAGAGCUGGGCUUCGGUACGGCCAUCGAGGCUCUGUCUGGAGGUCGGCUGGGACAAGGGAUGGGCCCGGUGCACAUGAAUGAGAUGGAGUGCUCCGGCUUUGAGAAGUCCAUCACUGAGUGUUUGUUCAACAAGGAGGCUCUGGGCUGCAGCCACGAGGAGGACGCGGCCGUCAGAUGUAACGUUCCUGCGAUGGGCUUCCAGCAGUCGCUGCGUCUGAGUGGAGGCCGUAACCCCUACGAGGGCCGGGUGGAGGUGCUGAUGGAGAGGAACGGGUCUCUGGUGUGGGGGACGGUGUGCAGUGAGAGCUGGGGGACCAUGGAGGCCAUGGUGGUGUGCAGACAGCUGGGCCUGGGCUUCGCCAGCAACGCUUUCCAGGAGACUUGGUACUGGCCCGGCGAGGUGAGCGCUGACGCUGUGGUGAUGAGCGGCGUCCGCUGCUCCGGUACUGAGAUGUCUCUGUCCCACUGCCUGCACCACGGAGCACACCUGACCUGUGCUAAAGGAGGAGGACGCAACGCCGCCGGAGUCUCCUGCUCUGAGACGGCUCCGGACCUGGUGUUGAACCCUCAGGUGGUGGAGCAGACCACCUACAUGGAGGACAGACCCAUGUUCAUGCUGCAGUGUGCGUACGAGGAGAACUGUCUGUCCUCCACCUCCAGCCAGCUGCCGGCCAACUCCUACCGCCGCCUGCUGCGCUUCUCCUCCCAGAUACACAACAACGGCCACUCAGACUUCCGGCCCAAAGCAGGCCGACACUCGUGGGUGUGGCACGACUGUCACAGGCAUUAUCACAGCAUGGAGGUGUUCACACUCUAUGACCUGUUUACCCUCAAUGGCACCAAAGUGGCAGAAGGUCACAAAGCAAGCUUCUGCCUGGAGGACUCCGAGUGUGAUGAAGGUAUUGAAAAGAGGUAUGAAUGUGCGAACUUUGGAGAGCAGGGCAUCACUGUGGGCUGCUGGGACACCUACAGGCACGACAUCGACUGCCAGUGGAUCGACAUCACUGACAUCAAACCUGGAGAUUAUAUUUUCCAGAUUGUAAUUAAUCCAAACUACGAGGUUCCCGAGUCCGACUACAGCAACAACAUCAUGAAAUGCAGAUGUCGAUAUGACGGCCAUCGCGUGUGGAUGUACAGCUGCCACAACGGCGGCUCAUUAAGCACUGAAACAGAGCAGACGUUCCCGGGCCUCCUCAACAACCAGGUGACCCAUAGGUAAAGCCGUGCAGAGAGACCUUCUGAAGCCCACCUGUAGUGGAGCUCCCGCUGCAGCCCCCGCCCCGGUCACACUACCUUUUCAUCUCCUCCCUCGUCCACGAGGCAGCCGAUCUCUUCAGCCACAGCCCACACGUCCAUCUUCCCUGAAGAUCCAGACGACGCUCUCCUUGUAUGACUUUGAUUUUGGUCUUUUUGAAGUGCAGCACUUGAGCAGAACCCGGAGCUCGCCGUGUAGAAGCUGCACAUCAGAGGCUGCACGCCAGAAGCUGCACGCCAGAAGCUGCACGCCAGAAGCUGCACGCCAGAAGCUGCACACCAGAGGCUGCACACCAGAGGCUGCACGCCAGAAGUUGCACACCAGAAGUUGCACGCCAGAAGCUGCAAACGACAGGCUGCAUGUCAGAGCAGGGUCACCUGAGGACGGAGAGAAACAGCAGCAGUGGUCUGUGCCGUAUCUUCCACUUUUCAAGAGUUUCAUAAAGUUCACAUUCACUGAGUUUCUAUUUCACGUCAGUUAUUUAAGAAGUCUUCAUUAUGCUUAUAUAGCUGAGGCUCAUUCAUCACAAACUACAGCCGCUAACUGCCCGAUCGAGCUGAAUAUGAAUAUGCUUCAUAUUAAAUAACUGUAUUCUCUGAAACUGAAUUAGGUCAAAGAGGAGUUGCUCUACAAUCCUUUGGGUGCAUCGAUGUCACUAAGUCUCUUGGAGGUCCAAAAAAUAUUAUAAAAAAAGAUAUUUGCGUCGUUCAGGAACGUAGAGCUGGAGUAAGCUAACGUAGCUAAUUAGCUUCAUUGAACCAUUUGCUUUUAUUUAACCUCCGAAGACAAAAACAAGUUCCACAAAAAAGAAACAGUUAUGAGACAGGAGUCCAUGUUACAAAUAUGUGUUUUUAAUAAACUGUCAUUACCCUGUUAGCAACUAAACAAAGCUAACAAGCUCUUGAACCUGCUAACUGACCGUUAGCACGCUCGUUAGCACUGAGCGUGUUCUUUUCCCUCGUUAACUUGUUUAUUGAUCGACAUGGUUUGAAGUGGUGAACAUGUCAGCAGGAAGUAAACAGAAGAGUAGAGAGCGAAUACAAAUCUGAGCUUUGACUGAUUAGCUCUUUAGAGGUUAGCUCACCAGCUGUUAGCUACGAGGCUACGACACUAAACUUCUCGGAACAAACAUUUGGUUUUGGUCUCAAAAGCUAAUUUCCUCGUUGCUGACAACUGUACGUGCACCUGUUUAAAUUAGAAUAAGGCUUAAAGUUAUGCAUAAUUAAGGGCGUGGUCGCUUUGAGUGACAGGUGGUGCUGUCAGAGGUCGCUAGCUGCUAACUAUCGUUCAUCUCUUUGCUGAUUCUUAGAUUAGCCGGGAGUUAGACGUAGCUUCACAACAGACACGUACGGGGACGUCUGAUAAACACUCUGAAGGCUGAAGAUCAUUUCUAAAGAGCUUCAUCCUUCCUUUGAAUAAUAAACACAGUGAACAAUCCCUUUAACUUGUUCCUGGAGACACUACAGGAGGAUCGCAGGACAUAAAGGAAGGUUUCAUUUCCUCUCACUGCUUUAUAUGAAACAGAUCUCAGAGAAAGUUGCAGAUAUUAUUUACUGUAAUUUAAGUUUUUUUACUGUUUUAUUCCUUGUUUAAAGGAACAUUACGUACAAUAAUGUGUGUGUGAAUCCUAUUUCACUUUUUAUAAUGGUGCUAUCAAACUGGGCCUCUGUUUUCUGAGGGUACAGGACACGUUGUGUGUACGGACAGGAUACUAUAACGUGCGUAAGGAACUGUUUGCUUUGUGUGUUAAACUAUAAUAAAGGUCUGAGUUAUGGAGCAACUACA